GUUACAAAAUGGCGGAUGCGGUGCUGAGCGGCUCGCGCUGGGGGCUUUUAUUAUUAAUAUUUAUAUACAGCAAAGUUUACAUCAGUUCUUCUUUCGUGAGGAUUUUGCUCAGGAAAAGACGAGUGUUAUGGCUAGCAAAGUUAGCUUUUAGCAAAGUGGUUGGCUUUACCUUUUUAGUUAGCCACCUAGCACUGAGAUAUAUUUCAGGCUAAGUUCAGAGUUAGCUGAGGCUAAUUCCCCUAGGUGCUAAACCCGCUAGCGGUUAUUAAUGAUAAAUGUAUGCUAAUAACAGAUGUGGUGGUGGUGUUUGAUGGUGUGUAGUGUAGUCACUCUUUCACCAUGUUCACUAUGCAGUGGACGGAAAUAAGCGGAGCCAUUAGGGAGUUAGCAAGAGUGUUUAUUAGCUAUUAGCUAAGAUGGAGGACGCAGCGCGAGGAGCUGUGUUUACGGAAGAGACUGAAAUCACACUGACUUGACUGACACACACACACACACAUACACACACACAUACACACACAUACAUACAUACUGACUGACUGACAUACAUACUGACUGACUGACACACACACAUACUGACUGACACACAUACUGACUGAUUCACACACACACAUACUGACCGACUGACACACAUACUGACUGAUUCACACACACACACACAGACUGAUACACACACAUACUGACUGACACACAUACUGACUGACACACACACACACAUACAGACUGAUACACACACACAUACAGACUGAUACACACACACAUACUGACUGACACACACAUACUGACUGACACACACAUACUGACUGACACACAUACAUACAUACUGACUGAUACACAUACAUACAUACUGACUGACACACAUACAUACUGACUGACACACACACACUGACUGAUACACAUACUGACUGACACACACACACACGCUGACUGACACACACUGAUACACAUACUGACUGACACGCAUACUGACUGACUCACACACGCAUACUGACUGACUCACACACGCAUACUGACUGACUCACACACGCAUACUGACUGACUCACACACGCAUACUGAUUGACUCACACACGCAUACUGACUGACUCACACACGCAUACUGACUGACUCACACACGCAUACUGACUGACUCACACACGCAUACUGACUGACUCACACACGCAUACUGACUGACUCACACACGCAUACUGACUGACACACACACGCAUACUGACUGACUCACACACGCAUACUGACUGACUCACACACGCAUACUGACUGACACACACACGCAUACUGAUUGAUGGGAGUUUGACUGGUCGUCUAACUCUGCUCCACUUCUAAACUCUGAGGUCAUGUGACAAACUGACAGCUUGUCAUUGAGUCAUCCAGGUGUGUGUGUGUGUGUGUGUGUUAAUGUAACCCAGGGCUCCCGUGGUGUUUACACAGCAGUGUUGUGGAGGUCUGGUUCCUCUCCAGUUCCUCCCCAUUGGGUCUCCUGCAGUGAGGACGAACUUCCUUUAACGCCUGCUAACAGAAAAUGCUGCAGAAAUGAUAGCGGCUCACGAGUUACACCCUGAUUACACCUACACUCAUGAAACAGAUACCCAGUUCUCUUCAGAUACAGACUUGGAGGAUCCUGAGGGGCGGAUCCUCAAACCUGCGAAAGGAAAGAAGGGGAAGAAGACAGUGGUGCGUGCUCAGGGUCGAGUGAAUGGCCAUCAUCAGGAGAAUGGCACAGAGAACCUCACACUGUUCGAGAUCGUCAAACUGGGCAAGAGUGCCACACAGUCCGUGGUAGAUGACUGGAUUGAGGCGUAUAAGAAUGACCGAGAUGCUGCUCUGCUGGACCUCAUUAACUUCUUCAUACACUGCUCUGGCUGUAAAGGUGCUGUGAGUUCAGAGAUGUUUCGUCACAUGCAGAACUCUGAGAUCAUCAGACGGAUGACUGAGGAGUUCGAUGAGGACAGCGGGGACUACCCCCUGACGAUGGCGGGUCCUAUGUGGAAGAAGUUCCGCUGGGGGUUCUGUGAGUUUAUCAGUGUCUUGGUGCGUCAGUGUCAGUACAGCAUCAUCUACGAUGAGUACAUGAUGGACACGGUCAUCUCACUCCUCACCGGCCUGUCCGACUCACAGGUCCGAGCCUUCAGACACACCUCCACCCUCGCAGCGAUGAAGCUGAUGACAGCGUUGGUGAAUGUUGCUCUGAAUCUGAGCAUCAACAUGGACAACACACAGAGACAGUACGAGACCGAGCGCAACAAGAGUCUGGGGAAGAGAGCCAACGACCGCCUGGAGCUUCUACUGCAGAAACGCAAAGAGCUCCAGGAGAACCAGGAUGAGAUUGAGAAUAUGAUGAAUGCCAUCUUUAAAGGCGUGUUCAUCCAUCGAUACAGAGAUGCGAUAGCGGAGAUCAGGGCGAUCUGUAUCGAGGAGAUCGGUGUGUGGAUGAAGAUGUACAGUGAUGCAUUUCUGAAUGACAGCUAUCUGAAAUACGUGGGCUGGACCAUGCACGAUAAGCAGGGGGAGGUGCGGUUGAAGUGUCUCACUGCUUUGCAGGGUUUGUAUUAUAACCGGGAGCUGAACUCCAGACUGGAACUCUUCACCAGUCGCUUUAAGGACCGGAUCGUGUCUAUGGCUCUGGAUAAAGAGUACGAUGUUGCAGUUCAGGCCAUUAAACUCCUCACACUUGUCCUGCAGAGCAGUGACGAGGUGCUAACAGCGGAAGACUGUGAGAGCGUGUAUCACCUGGUUUACUCUGCCCACCGUCCCAUCGCCGUGGCAGCAGGGGAGUUCCUCUAUAAAAAGUUGUUUAGUCAGCGGGGUCCAGAGGAAGAGGGGCUGCCAAGGAGAGGGCGACAGUGUCUGAAUGCAAACCUCAUCAAAACCACCGUUUUCUUCUUCCUGGAGAGUGAGCUGCAUGAACAUGGUGCAUACCUUGUGGACAGUCUGUGGGAGUGUGGAUCAGAACUGCUGAAGGACUGGGAGAGUUUCAUUAGCCUCCUACUGGAUGAACCCUUUCCUGGAGAGGAAGCUUUAUCAGACAGACAAGAGACGGCUCUGAUUGAGAUCAUGCUGUGUGCCGUCAGACAGUCGUGUGAGUGUCACCCACCUAUCGGUCGCGGCACAGGCAAGAGGGUCAUGACAGCGAAGGAAAAGAAAACACAGCUGGAUGAUCGGACCAAAAUUACUGAGAUCUUCGCUGUGGCUCUGCCCCUGCUCCUUGCCAAAUACUGUGUGGAUUCUGAAAAGGUGACCAACCUGCUGCAGUUACCACAGUAUUUUGAUCUGGAGAUUUACACCACAGGCCGACUGGAGAAGCACCUGGACGCCCUUCUACGUCAGAUCCGUGAGGUGGUGGAGAAACACACAGACACAGGUGUGUUGGAGGCGUGUUCUAUGACGUUCCAUGCUCUGUGUAAUGAGGAGUUCACCAUCUACAACCGUGUGGACAUCACGCUGAGCCAGCUGCUGGACGAGCAGAUCGACAAGCUCCACCGCCUGCUGCACGACUUCCUCAACGAGGGGGAGGAGCCUGACGAAGACGACGCGUUUCAGGUUUUAUCAACACUCAAGAGAAUCACGGCCUUUCACAAUGCUCAUGACUUGACUAAAUGGGAUCUGUUCAGCUGUAACUACACACUGCUGAACACAGGACUGCAGAACGGAGACAUGCCUGAACAGAUAGUGGUCCAUGCUAUGCAGUGCACUCAUUACGUCAUCCUGUGGAACCUGGCAAAAGUCUCAGAGGGCAGCUCCACAAAGGCUGACCUGGUGACUCUGAGGAAGCAGACGCGAGCGUUUUGUCUAAUGUGUCAGCGGUACCUCAGCAGCCUCAGCAUGGCUGUUAAAGAGCAGGCCUUCACUAUUCUGUGUGAUGCGUUAAUGAUCUUCAGUCAUCAGAUCAUGGCGUCGGGUCGGGACGCUCUGGAGCCGCUGGUGUUCAAUCCGGACUCGUCCCUGCAGAGCGACCUGCUCAACUUCGUCCUCGACCACGUCUUCAUUGAACAGGACGAUGAUGGCAGCACUGAUGGCCAGCAGGAUGAUGAAGCGGGGAAGAUCGAGGCUCUUCAUAAGCGCAGGAACCUGUUAGCAGCUUACUGUAAGCUGAUCAUCUAUAACGUAGUGGAGAUCAGCACCGGAGCUGACAUCUUCAAACAGUAUAUGAGAUACUAUAAUGAUUAUGGUGACAUCAUAAAGGAGACGAUGAGUAAGACGAGACAGAUCGAUAAGAUUCAGUGUGCCAAAACCCUCAUCCUCAGUCUGCAGCAGCUGUUUAAUGAGAUGCUCAGUGAGCUAGGCUGUAACUUUGAUCGUUCUUCUGCGGCGUUCUGUGGGAUUAAAGAACUCGCUCGCCGGUUCUCCCUCACAUUCGGGUUGGACCAGCUGAAGACUCGCGAAGCCAUCGCUAUGCUGCACAAGGAUGGUAUAGAGUUUGCGUUUAAAGAGCCAAGUCCUCAGGGUGAGGGCUCCCCCCCUCUCAACCUCGCCUUCCUUGACAUCCUCAGUGAGUUCUCCUCCAAACUGCUGCGCCAGGACCGCAGGACUGUACACAUGUACCUGGAGCGCUUCAUGACGUUUCAGAUGUCGCUGCAGAGGGAGGAGUGUUGGUUGCCCCUCAUCUCCUACAGGAACUCUCUGCAGGCCGGGGCAGACGAUGACACGCUCUCUGUCCUCAGCGGAGUCAGUGGCAGAGGCUCCGCCCGCAGCAGGAAGCCCAGAGUAAACGCCGCCCCCUCCAAGAGGAAGUUGCCUGAGGAGGAGAGUAGCUGUAGCAGCACUGAUGCGAGUGUGUGGAUGGCUCGAGAACAGCAGCCGCAGACUCCCAUGAUGAUGUCACCUCCUCCUGUGAUGAUGUCAUCGCCCCACAUGACCUCCACCGUGCUACGGGAUGCCAAGAAGCUCUGCCCAGAGGAGGGAUACGUGGGCGUGUACACCAUGAGUAACCAAUCACAGCACAGCACGUUACAGCAGCCUCACACACCCAUCGACUACAAUACACAGGUAGCGUGGAUGUUAGCUCAGCGGCAGCAGCAGGAGAGAGCGAACAUCCAGAAUGCCAAGAUGAGGAGUCACAUGCAGCACACCAUUCGGCGGAGUGCAGGUCUGAUGGAAGACGAUGAAGAACCAAUCGUUGAAGAUGUGAUGAUGUCAUCAGAGCAGCGAUUGGAGGACCUGAACGAGGGCAUGGACUUCGACACCAUGGACAUCGACCUGCCAGCGUCCAAAAACCGGCGGGAGAGGACUGAGCUCAAACCUGACUACUUUGACCCCGCCUCCAUCAUGGACGACUCUGUGCUGAACGUCUCAAUGUUCUGAUGCAGUCCUCAUGGGAGCGAGAAGCGGGGCCAAUACGCUUUGCUCACUUCCUGUACUCCAGCUGCGUGGCGAGGCUGACUUCCUGCUUCACGCCGUGGUGUUGUUGCCAGCGUGUGGGCAGAGCUAGUGGAGCCACGGUUCUGCACCGCUUUUCCUUUUAUUUUGUUUUUAUAACUUAUAGAGAAACUUUUUUUGAUGAUUAGAUGAUUUUAUAAAGACAAUCAGCUGUAAAUCAGAAGUUUAUAAAGCGAGUGAGGAUUUAAAUCGCCUUUCUAACUCCCUUACACACUUUACUUUAUCGUCCUAUAGUCUUUCAGUUGCCAUAGUAACAACACUCCAGGACAGAGGCUGAUUGGCCGUCAGAGUCGCAUUAUUAUAAUCAGAUUUAUCAAGAAUAUUUCAGUCUCUUUACUCGCGGUGCAGUCCAUCAGCUGAGAACCGCUCGCUAACGCUAAUGUGGCUAACAUAUGAUUGAAGUGUAUGACCACCGGUUUAGCAUGCUGAGCUAAAUGCACAUGUGGGGAAAUCCAUUUCUUCCUGAGCAUCAGACUCAGAUCAGGGGCGGGGCCUAGAUCUAGGAGGCGGGGUCUAAAGCCUGAGUGUUAGAAUUGAUUGGGAUAAUAGAUUUUUUUUAUAAUUAAGUUUUAAAACAGACGGGGGAACGAUGUCUCAUGAAGUGACUGAUGAUGUAAUGGUCAGUGUUAAUCUGGUGGCUAUAAACUGGGAUUAUGUGUUAGCUAGAUUAGCGCUGUAGCUCGUCUCAGUUGAUGGACUGCGUUUGUGUUAAAGGGUUUUUUUAUGUUCACUUCAUGGCCUCUCAAAUUGAACUCUUUUCUUAUCCUUUAUAAUAUUAUAAUAUAUUGUUAUAUAUCUAUUAAAUAUAUAAUUCUAUAUUAUUCUACACAAACCGUGUGAAAAUGUGAAUUGGUGCUGAUUUAUUUUGUAUUUAAGUUUUAUUUUAUUCUCCAUUAGAAUGUAACACUUCAGCAGAAGGAAUCUUUCAAUCCUAGUUUUGUGUGUGCUUGGCUUUUGCUUUGUUUUUGUUUGUUUACUUUGGGUUUUAAUCAUAAAUCAUGAAAAGCUUAUUAAUGAGGGGGUGUGCUGUAUCCAUGGUGACGGUAACUAUGGUGAGUGUUUAGUCAUGGGGGGCUGAUGGGGAUGGUAAUGCAUAUUCAUGAGUUUGUUUGACUAUUGGUCUCAGUUUGGUUUAGACUCCGCCCCUCAUUUUCCAUGUGUAGAACUGCUGAAAGACUGUGUGUGUGUGUGUGUGUGUGUAAUAUAUUGGACUGUAUAUAAGUGUUUUUUAUUCUAUUUACAAAAGAAAAAUGUCCGCUGUUGCAUUUCCUGUUUGUAUUUAUGUCUGGAGAAAAAACAUUUUUGGAACAAAAUAAACCCUCGGCUGUGAUUUCA